CAGGGUCAUUCUAUGGAGAGACUGAGAGGGUGAUUCUCAACUCUGUCUCAGUUGGAAUUACUACAGAGAAUGCUACCAUCUACCUAAGGGGUCCCUGGGACACCACUCACUUCACCUGUCCUGGAUCAGAACAGACUGGGGUCUUCAGACGGGUGUGUGUGUGUGUGUGUGUGUGUGUUUGAAAUGAGACCAUCGUAAAAGCUUGGAGGGUGCUGAUGGAGGACUCCGACAUAUUCCGUCCUAAUGUAUCUGUCUACAUGGUGUCAGCCGAGGGGGAGACUGCCAUUGGUGUUUACUUGUUGAUACUAGAGUGGCUCUCCUGUCUAGGCAAUGGAGUGGUGAUUCUACUGUUGGUCAAGCAGAGACACAGACUUCAGCCACAAGACUUCCUCACUCUCAAUCUGGCUGUGUCCGACGCUGGCGUCGCUAUCUUCGGCUACUCCAGAGGGAUACUAGAAGUCUUCAACGUGUUCAGGGACGACGGCCUGCUGAUCAAGACCAUCUGGACCUGCCAGGUGGACGGCUUCCUGAUCAUGCUCUUUGGGCUCAUCAGCAUCAACACACUGACAGCCAUCAGUGUCAUCCGCUACAUCAAAGGAUGCCAGCCCAGCUAUGCUCAUUAUAUUAACCAAUGUAACGUUGCCGUGGUGAUUGUGGCGGUGUGGCUGUGUGCCCUCUUCUGGUCUGGAGCGCCCCUGGUGGGCUGGGGGAGUUACACAGCUCGUAAGUAUGGGAUGUGUGAGAUAGACUGGGUCCAGGCCAGGUUCUCUGUGUCCUACAGACUCUACGUCAUCCUCAUCUUCACCUUCAACUUCUUCAUCCCAUUUGUGGUCAUAUGGUUCUCCUACGUUUCCAUCAUCCGGGCAGUCAACAACAGCCACAAGUCCAGCAGAGGGGGAGAGGUCAGCGAGAGAGAGAAACAGAUGGAGCGCAGUAUAACAACAGUGUCUCUGAUCCUGUGUUCAUCCUUCCUGCUGGCCUGGUCUCCCUACGCAGUCAUCUCCAUGUGGUCUGCCUGUGGUCACCAGGUGCCUCCUCUCCACAGCAUCCUGGCCAGCCUGUUCGCUAAGUCAGCCAGCUUCUACAACCCCUUCAUCUACCUGGGCAUGAGCUCCAAGUUCAGACAAGACUUCAGAGCCCAGUUCCACUGCCUGCGCCCCAACCCGGACCUCUCCCACAGACCCGACGAGGUGCAGAUUGACCUGGACAUUAUGGAGGUGAAUGGAGGGGUGGAUGACCUGGACUCUGGGGUGGAGCUGGGUAUUGACAGGGGUGUGGAGGAGAGGGGGGAGAACCAGAGGAGUCCUCUUAUGCCCCCCAUGAUAGCCCCCGCUCCCAGUCACCGCCUGUUCCUGAGGAAGCUCAGUGACUCUGGACGCCUGUGAGAUCUCUGUCUCUCUGUUUCUGUCUCUGUCUCUCUGUUUCUGUCUCUCUGUUUCUGUCUCUCUGUUUCUGUCUC